CUGUUAUUAGGUUGCCACCUGUGCAAUAAGUCCAUCCAUGAAAUUUCCUUGCUACUAAAUAUUCCACGGUCAACUGUUAGUGGUAUUAUAACAAAGUGGAGAAAACUGGGAACAACAGCAACUCAGCCACAAAGUAGUAGGCCACGAAAAAUGACAGAGGGGUCAACACAUGAUGAAUCGCACAGUGCGCAGAAGUUGCCAACUGUCUGUAGAAGCAAUAGCUAAAACCUCCAAACUCUGUGUGGCCUUCAGAUCAGUACAACAGUGCAUAUAGAGCUUCAUGGAAUGGGUUUCCAUGGCAGA